AUGAGACGCAAAUGGAUUUUUAUCAUCUGGCAUUUGCCACUGGUUUUCCUCCUCUUGCACUGCGGAAACUUUCACACGACCGGACAAGAAUACUCGAAGGGAUGUGCACAUCUGAAGUGCGAAAGCGGCAGCCGGUGCAUCAAACGGAAAUUCUGGUGCAAGAAUCCGCCUUGUCCGGGCAUGUUGUAUUGUUCCAAGUCCAGGGAAGAAUGCCAGCAGCAGAUUGCGCGCUGCAUAUCGGAGAAGGAAUAUCACGAGGGAGCGGUUUCCUGUGCCGGCUUCAAGUGCCCAUCGGGAAAACGUUGCAUCCUGCGGGAAUCACGCUGUGUCCGUCCGCCCUGCAAACUCAUCAGAAGCUGCGACGAGGCGAAAGACGUGCGAACCUGGUUCGACGAAUGCAGAGAUUUGGACUGCCUCUCGGAAUACGAGUGUUUCCUGCGAAGACCGGACGACGAUUGUCUCGAUGCGUCGUGCGUGCGCACGCCUGAUUGUACUUUAACCGCCGAAGACGAGCUGAUCAGCAAGCAUUGCAGCGGCUGGAUCUGUCCGCGAAUGCAGAAGUGCGUGGUACGAAUCGUAGGUUCGUGCAAGGGUUUCGACUGCACGAUAGAGAGAUCCUGCCGGUCCAUCGCCGUAUCUUCGAACUCGUCUGCCGAACAUAACGCGUUUGUGAGCAACAAGACCGAUGGAUGGUCGACUGAAAGGACCCCGAUGCAAAUCGGAACCGAGCUGAUCCGCCGGGACGCGGAGAGACGCGGAAUGAGCACACCGACGCGUUAUCCAAUCGCGGGGAAAAAGACGACAUCGACGGCGGCUUCAACGAGGAAGCAAACGGAUUACACAACGACGCAAAAACACGGGACGGAAAUUCCGGUGAUUCAUCAGCGAACUACGACAAGAUCAAGCUCAAUCGUCGAACCAUCAAAUUUAUCGUCGACCCAACCACAUUCCGUGUCGUCUUACCUUCAAUCUUUAUCGGGUCCCGACGAACUAUUAACAACGAGCACCAUCGACAAUGGAUUGACGAUUGUAGACAAGGACGAUAUUUUUCUUCAGACCACCCGAAGACUCUCCAAUUGGUCGAGGAACUCCAGUUUUUCGGCGAACACGUUCACCGACCGGAGAUUCGAGACUUCUUCCACUGCACAACACGACACGACAAGAUUAGAGAUGCCGAAAAAGAUCUACAUAGCGACCGAUGACGCUAUAUUGCCGUUUCUUGUGGUAUUGGAGGGCAUCAAUUUGGCCGGACAAGGUUAUCCUAUUUGGAUAGGAAACGAGCCUGAUCGUUCGGCGCCAUUAGGAGCGGAAGACGAGAAUGAAGGCGGAUGGAAGUAUCAAGCAUCGCCGGAGCCCUACCGGAUUUUACUACCGCCGUACGAGCCAGUGAUCCUCGUCGAGGACACGAGACGAGGACAGCUGCCUCCGUUUAUCACUUACGCGCUUAGUCACCCUUUUAGCGAAGCGACUUUACGAUUCUUGCAAGAAAUUCCGUCCCGAGAUACGACGGAAAAUUCAAAGACGAGUAAUAAUUCGUCGAACGUGGCGGACAGGAUUGGCAAAAAUACAAACGCUCCAGCAACCGUCGAGAUGGAAAACCUCCGGAUAAGUCAUUUCGACGAUUCGACCGACGAUCACGCGAAUCUCCGCGCGGUGAAGGAAGCAGACGUCGUUUUGUCGAAUAUCCACGACGAAGAAUCGGAUAAUUACUACGAUGAUCACGAGUGGCGAUCACCGGGGCAUGCGAUUCAAGACUAUCUGGAAAAGAUCGAGCCUCAAUCAGUCGACGAAGGAGAGCUUACAUCUAGCAACGACGAGUUUGCAACAGAUGACGCGCGUAAGAAUAAUUCCGAUAAUAUCGCAUUAUUUCGCAUGACAUUUGAGAACAACCUGAAUGAGACGAGCGCAUCAUCGACCGUCGCGAAGACCACAAUCGUUAGAGACAAGGUUGCGUCCGAAAACAGAGGCCGAUUUUCGGACACGCAAAACGCACACGGACACAAUAGAAAUCUUGCGACAUUCGAUCGAAUACGCGUCUCGACAGGACGAAGCGAUUAUAGCUCUGAAGACGACGGGGAACGUCACGGCCUUGUAAAUUAUCUCUAUGACACAAGAACCGCUCGCGACGUUGAUAAAUCAAGGGCACACCGUGGCUCCUUCCCUCUAAGUCGAGUUUCGGACGUCUCACCGAGGCACCAGGAGAUGAGUUGCAACUGCCCGUUGACCACGUCGACGGGGCCGACGCUGGCCUCGACGUGCGGCGGCCAGUCCUUCAUGCUCUUCAUGGGACUGCUGGAGGUUUUCCUACGCAGCCAGUGCGACCUCGAGGAUCCGUGCAACAGGCCCGCUCCGCCGAGCAAUGUCAAUACGAGGUACGACUUCGUGGUGAUAGGAGGCGGUAGCGCAGGUGCGACCGUCGCUGCCAGAUUAUCGGAGGAACCGAGAUUCUCGGUGUUGCUACUGGAAGCCGGGCUGGACGAGCCCACCGGCACUCAGAUACCCUCGUUCUUCUUCAAUUUCAUCGGCAGCGACAUCGACUGGCAGUAUAACACCGAGACCGAGGACGAGGCUUGCCUAAAUAAGGAGCAGAACCAAUGUUACUGGCCAAGGGGAAAAGUUCUCGGCGGCACCAGCGUCAUGAACGGGAUGACGUACAUGAGAGGAUCGCGCAAGGAUUACGACGACUGGGCCAGGCUCGGCAACGUCGGCUGGUCUUACCGGGACGUCCUCCCGUAUUUCAUAAGAAGCGAAGAUAAUCAACAAGUUAACAACAUGGAUUACGGCUAUCACGGAGUCGGCGGCCCGCUCACGGUCACGCAAUUCCCUUAUCAUCCGCCGCUGAGCUUCGCUCUCUUGGAAGCCGGUAAAGAACUCGGAUACGACACGGUCGAUCUGAACGGACGGACGCACACGGGAUUCGCCAUAGCGCAGACGACGUCGCGCAACGGCUCGCGGCUGUCGACGGCGCGCGCCUUCCUCCGUCCCGCCCGGAAUCGGCCGAACCUCCACAUAAUGCUGAACUCGACCGUGACGAAGAUCCUCUUCGACGAGAGCAACCGGGCGGUCGGCGUCGAGUUUGUCUAUGACGGGAUGCUCAAGCGCGUGUCGGUGGCGAAGGAAGUCGUCGUGAGCGGAGGCGCCGUUAACUCGCCGCAGAUCCUCCUGAACAGCGGCAUAGGACCCCGGGAGGAGCUGAACGCGGUGGGUGUGCCGGUCGUCCUUGAUCUUCCAGGUGUCGGCAAGAACCUUCACAAUCACGUGGCCUACGCUCUGGGUUUCACUAUCAACGACACCGACACGACACCUCUGAAUUGGGCGACCGCCAUGGAGUACUUGCUGUUCAGGGACGGCCUGAUGUCCGGCACAGGAAUCUCGGAGGUGACGGCGAUGAUUAACACGAAGUUCGCGGAUCCACGAGAGGAUCAUCCCGACGUCCAGUUAAUCUUUGGCGGUUACCUGGCCGACUGCGCCGAGACCGGUAUGGUGGGCGAGAAGAAGGGCGCGAAUCGCAGCAUCUACAUCAUCCCGACGAUUCUGCAUCCGAAGAGCCGCGGUUACCUGCGCUUGCGAAACAACGAUCCCCUCUCGAAGCCGCUGAUCUACCCCAAAUACCUGACUCAUCCUGACGACUCGGCCGCUCUCGUCGAGGCUAUUAAGUUCAGCGUCAAGUUAGCGGAGAGCCAGGCGCUCAAGAGAUACGGCUUCGAGGUGGACCGGACCCCGGUGAAGAACUGCGAGCACCUCAAGUUCGGCUGCGACGCUUACUGGCAUUGCGCGAUUCGUCGCGACACCGCGCCCGAAAACCAUCAAGCAGGAUCGUGCAAGAUGGGCCCCCCGGACGACCCUUUGGCCGUGGUCGACAAUCAGCUGCGAGUCAGGGGAGUGCGAGGCGUGAGGGUGGCCGAUACGAGCAUCAUGCCGAGAGUGACAUCCGGCAAUACGAACGCGCCGGCGAUCAUGAUCGGUGAAAGAGCAGCGGACUUCAUCAAGAGGACCUGGAUCGGUUGACUCGAGCUUGCUUGACGUUCGAUCACGACGUUCUACUACUUCGCGAGCAGCACCGUGGUUCCAGCUGCGACACGAAUAUCUGAGAGACGUCGCGAAGAAGAGCCUGAGAGAGACCGACCCGUCGCCGACUCUUCAGACAUCUUCUUCGGACGUUCUUUAGAUCUUUGCGUUAUUUCGAGCCUCUCCCAUUGUAGUACGUACGCUUCGCGUGAAUCCUUCGUAUUCUCCGCCGGGCCGGGUAAUCAAAUGCGACAAUUAAUCAUAAUACGGCUGCAAUCAGGGUCAAAUUAUCGACUAAUCGUUACACGACGCAAGACUCGGAGUAUUAUUUAAUCGCGCGGUCUGUCCCCCCCCCCCCCCGACGUCUCGUGUCACUCGUGUAACGGUGCGGUCGAGUAGUUUUACAUAAUAAUCUUGCCGACGAAGAAAGAUCGUGUGUUACCGGUUUCUCCUAGCUACAGUUUAGAAUUUUAUUCUACCCGUACCUUUAAGCAUUCCUCGUGGUAACAUCCAGCCUAUCAGUGAUCGUAACUCCGUUACCAAAUAGACCAAUCGUCGUCAGUUAUCGCGAUAAUGUUCGGCGACAAGGCAAAACCAACCGAUCGCAAUCUUGUUCCGCGUCUCCACCGACGAAGUAAGCGAGCUCGUUACUGUAAAUAGUACAUUGCCGCCGGUGUAUUCUCCUACGAAUCACUUGUAAGUUGAUGUACAAAUAAAGGAUGUUCUUGAUCGCGGAAGGUCGCGACUAUCUCCAUGCCCGAAGUGUGCCGUCGUGUGUGAGCUCGACGAAUUUACCGAACACAGAUUAACGAAAUGAACUUCGUAUUCUGUCUGUUACCUUCGCUCACUUUCGCUUCAGGAUUCGACGAAGACGGGCGUUUGUGAGCGCUCGUCGACGAAGAAGCGCAAGGAUGGAGAAUUCG